AUGACGACCUUCAAGAUCGAGCGGGACACGGUCCGCAAGGGUACCGAAACCGUUACUGAUGCUGCUGCUGCUGCUGCUGCCGCCGCCGCCGCCUCUGGUUCAAAGGAUGGCCAUCUGCCCGGAACGAGUGGAAAGCAUCCUCAUCUUGAGAAGAUCGGAACUGUCAUUACGGGAGGAAAGUCCAAUGCUGGCACCAAGGGCUACCUGAUGGCCUAUAUCAAGCAGCUCGAAGAGAACCCCUUGCGCACCAAGAUGCUUACGUCCGGAACCCUGGCUGGUCUUCAAGAAUUCCUGGCCUCGUGGCUGGCCAAGGAUCGCAACAAGCACGGAAACUACUUCACAUCGCGAGUUCCUAAGAUGGCAGCUUACGGAGCUUUGAUCAGCGCGCCCCUCGGCCACUUCCUCAUCUGGUGCCUGCAGAAGGCUUUCAAGAACAGGACGAGCUUGCGCGCCAAGAUCCUGCAGAUCCUCGUCAGCAACCUGAUCAUUGCGCCCAUCCAGAACUCGGUCUAUCUCGUGGCCAUGGCGCUCAUCGCUGGUGCCCGCACGUAUCACCAGGUCCGCGCUACUGUCCGCGUCGGUUUUAUGAAGGUCAUGAAGGUCUCCUGGAUCACUUCGCCCAUUUGCCUUGCCUUUGCUCAGCAGUUCCUCCCCGAGCAGGCCUGGAUGCCCUUCUUCAACGUCGUGGCCUUUGUCAUUGGCACAUACAUCAACACGAUGACCAAGAAGAAGAGACUUGCUGCUCUCCGCAAGAAGCACUUUGGCGACGGUCGUGGCUCGGGCUCCGUCGGCGGACGUCCGGACGACUACCCGCCAAUGGGUCCCAACCCACCCUACUAA